ACCACCUGCCACACUUACCGACAACAUACAGUUUUACCUUUGUCCUCUGGACAUGAAAACUAUCACACGACAAAAUAUCGGUGCGUGUUGGAGUUAGAAUACAUACCAUACGUGGCCAAUUUUCGGACUGAUACUGAAUGACGAGUCUGUUAUGAGGGCUCAGUGCUUUUCUAUUUAAGGUGCGUUUAAUCGUCAAUUGUUAAAUGAAGUCAUUUGGAUAAUCUAAAGAAGCGCGCGGCGUUAUCGAACUGAAGUUUUAUCACUUUAUGCUGCUUUUCUUAUGGCACCCUUUGUUUAAUUACACUUUAUUUUGCUUGUUAUGUAAAUUAUAUUAUCAUAAACUGAUUGUUUUAGAGGAACACUGUCAAAAGCUAAUUGGUAUGGACUUGUCUUAUACUUCAAAUUCAUCUUUUUCAUCCGUCAUCCGUCCCGAGAAUCUAGAAGAAGAUCACGAGCAGUACAACAACGUGCUCAUGCCCAGCAUCUUUGGUGUCAUCUGUUUCUUUGGGAUCUUUGGAAACUGCAUUGUUAUCUACACCAUUGUGAAGAAGACCAAGUUCUGCUCCCAGCAAACAGUACCAGACAUAUUUAUCUUCAGUUUGUCCAUCGCAGACCUCCUCUUUCUCCUUGGCAUGCCUUUCCUCAUUCACCAGCUUGUGGGCAAUGGCUCCUGGUGCUUUGGUGCCACCAUGUGCACUGUCCUUACAGCACUUGACUCCAACAGCCAGACUGUCAGUACAUACAUCCUGACCGUGAUGACUCUGGAUCGCUACCUGGCCACUGUCCACCCCAUCCGCUUCAAACAUGUUCGGACCCCCUUCAUGGCAGGAGCAGCAGUAGCGCUGGUGUGGGUGUUCUCUCUGGUCUCCAUCACUCCUGUCUGGAUGUACGCAGGACUCAUGCAUCUCAAGGAUGGCUCAGUUGGCUGUGCCCUCCUGCUGCCUAACCCAGCCACAGAUACAUACUGGUUCACCCUCUACCAGUUCUUCUUGGCCUUUGCUCUGCCUUUGGUGGUCAUCUGUGGGGUCUUUUUCAAGAUUCUUCAAAACAUGUCAGCUACAGUUGCUCCGCUGCCCCAGCGCAGCCUGAGGGUGCGCACACGCAAGGUGACCCGCAUGGCAGUGGCCAUAUGCCUGGCAUUCUUCAUUUGCUGGGCCCCUUACUACAUUUUGCAGUUGGCCCACCUGGGAGUACAGCGACCUACCUUUGCUUUCCUGUAUGCCUACAACAUUGCUAUUAGCAUGGGCUAUGCCAAUAGCUGCAUUAAUCCGUUUAUCUACAUUGUAUUGAGUGAAACAUUCAAGAGGCAGUUCAUUGUAGCCAUUCAGCCAUCCCACAGGGUCUUCAGAGUUGCCCCUGCUCUGGCUGAUGGUAGUAUGAGUCUGAGGAUGGCACCAGAGAGCUCUCAUCCAUGUCACUCGCAGUCAUCAAGGGAAUUACUUCAAAACAUGCUGCCUGUCACUGUGGCUGUGCACUGAGAUGGACAGUCUACUGGUCAUAACUGCCAACCGCCAUCAGCAACAAGCUGCCAUCUGUCACUACUGAAUGUUCUUAUUUUCUGUUUACAUAAAGACAUAAUGAUGGAUAUUUGAAUAUACUUAACUAAACAGUACAUAUGUGCCAAGUAGUGCUGUAAUCUGUGAAAUUUCAAGGCAUGUUCAAUGUGAGUAAUAGUGGUAUGUAGUCAUCCUUUUAUCAAAAAGAGAAAAAAGUAAUAUUAAAUGACAUCUUAUAUCUGGUAAAUUACAUUUUUAGUCUCAGCAAGCUACAGAAAAUCAGAGAACCGACUCAACCACUUUCAACAAUGGAAUUCAAAUAAUAGGCUAAAUCACAAGAGAGCAUAAUGAAUGACUGCUGAAAUCACCCUGGUAUUAAUGUAGGCUAACAACUUGAUAAAUCAUUGUUGUACCUCUGUAUAAUUUUCUUUUCAUUCAUAUUUUGGAUUUGCAUUUUAAACCCUAACCCAUGGGUAUCUCAUGCUGAGCUGAAAGUAGACUUUUAAAACCACACCUUCUCUUACACCUAAACAUAUGCAUUCUCAUGACCUGCAAUAACAUUGAGAAAUAUUAUCUUCAAAAGUAAUUAAUCUUGUCAUAUGUUUUAUGUCAUUAUCUUUUUUUGUUUGCUGCACAAGUAUUGUUAGAUUACAGAAUUAUGUUAUUAUUAUGUUUGUCUAUCAUACAGUUUUAUAGUGUAUGUGAUAACCAUGCCACUAAUAGUCCAUACAACAAACACAUUCUGUAUGACUCAUGUAUUUCAUAGUGAAAAUCAUCAGAGACAGCUGACAAUACAAUCCAUGUGCAUGACAUGUAAUGCAUAUUUAUAGUGCUGCAGCUUUUUCAAUGCUGUAAAGAAUUGGCUUCAUUGUGGCAUAAAAACGGUUCCUUUUAACAGCCUGUUUGUCGAGUCAUUGCUUGCAUAUUAACACAUCUAAAAUGUCAAAACAAUUGUAUUCAGGAGUGGAACACCAUUAAAACAAGCACACACAGCUGCAGGCAGUGCAUGUAGUAAUUACAGUGAGUGUAAUAAUUACAGAGAGUGCAAGAGCUCUGCUAGCGGCCCUUAGAGGAUAUGCAGCUCCUUAUACCCCACGUGACCAAUGUGUUUUGAACCAAAUCACUGACUACGUGAGGACAGAUUGCACACUCGCUAGUGAGGACAAAAAGUGUAUAUUACAUAAUGACUGCAUUUUUAAUGUUGUUUUUUCCCUGUAGGAGGUGAUAGUCUAUAGGCUCUGCUUCUAUGUAGAUAUCCAAGGAAGUCUCAUUGAUCACAUUACUCAAAGUGACAUUUUACUAUAUCUAUGUGGCUGUUUGGCUUGUGAUGCUGUGAUACAGUUAUUUAUCUGCAGAUAUCUAUUGUUUAUCAUGUGUAUAUUAUGAUAUUGUAGUCUGCUGUAUGUCUUGACUCAGGAGAUACAGGAGUCUAUUUUUGCCUUUCUCAAACCUGAAGGACUUGUUUAAUCGGGAGGUCAAAUUCAGUUCGCUCUUCAUUAAAAUGUUCAUGUUCAAAGUAGAUUUAAGAUAAGAUAAAAUAAGACUUUAUUGAUCCCCAGACGGGAAAUUUACAUGUUACAUCAGUACAGGAAACAAAAUAAAUACAAACUAAAUAAGAAGUCAAGUAAAUGGAAUUCAAUCUAAAUACAUUAUAA